GUAAAGGAUCUACUUCGACAGCAUGAAGCAUUGCAAAUUAAAGCCGCAAGACUAGUCGACGAGGCGAGUAACUUUGAAUUCGAACAACGAGCUGCCAGGGAGACUACUUGUAGACUAGCUGGUGAAUUAAACAAGGCUACGAACGCUCUCGAGUCUGCUGAGUUCCAAAUGAGACAAAUAAAGAAGGAACUGGACCAGCAGAAGCUCGCAUUGGACGCAGGCAAGGCGAAUUCACGUCUCCUGCAGGAUCGUGUCCAGAUGCUGACGAGCGCUCUGGAACGAUCGCACCGCGAGGCAGAGAGGAGGGAGGAUCGCUUUCGACGUCUGGCCGACACGGCCGCUGUCGCCGCAGCCGCCGCUGCCGCUUCGCAAACCACCAACCCUACCAUCACCGAACACGAGCACAAGGCUCUACAAGAAUUUCUGUAUGCCCUCUUUCUGUAUUUUCAACCAACUCGAUAACAUUUUAUCAGACACCACUUGAGGGAUUGUGAUGAUCAGUCGAUGAGCAAACUACUCGUCAGGGCAAAAGACCGGAUGGUGAAACAGGACGAAGAGCUUAAGAUGGCCAAGUCGGAUGCAAUGAAAGCCGAGUCACUCGCUAAAGAGUUGAAAGAAAAGGUGGCUUCCCUUUCACUGACCGAGGACAAGAUCAAGGAACUGGAACACGAAGCCUCCAGGACUGAGUCCGUCCUCCGGAGUCUUCGAAGCGAAAAGACUACUACCCGUGAGUGGAUUUCAAAACUUGCAGAUCAUCUCAAACUGGAUGGGUUUGCAACUGAGUGUGAAUAUCCCCUGCUAAUGGACGCAAUCUCCACUCGAGUGAAGGGUCUGGUGGCUGGAGAGAGCGAAAAGGCCGCCAGUCUUCGGGCCAAGCUGUUGCAGUCGCAGCAGAAGCAUCGCGAGUUGAAGGAGCGCAAUGAAUCGCUAGAAGUGCAACUAGGCCUCCUGCGAAAACGCGUAGCGGAAUUGGAGGAGUCGAAGCAGGCAACCGCUGUCGCCCAGACGGCGUCGCUUGAACGCGACAAACGGCGUCUCAUCAAGCAACUUGACCAGUCUAGGGCCGUGUGCAGCGCUCUACAGACGGAGACAACGCGACUUAAAACGGAGGCGCUAAAUGCCAGUCAGACUACUCUUGCUGCGGUGGGCACAAAUGCCCUGAUCCACGCUGCUGAGGCCAAGGUCAAAGAACUCCAAGCCCAGUGCGAACAGCAGGAAAGGCAAUUGCAGCGCCACCAACGCGAACGACAACAAUCUGAAGCGAGCGCCGUGCAGACUAUUCAAACUCUUCAGAAGAGAAUCGCGUCUUUGCAGGCUGAUCUAGACUGUGCCCACAGAUCCGAAUCCCAAUUGCUUGAAUUCCGUGAGGUGAUUGCUCGUCUUCUUGAUCUCGAUUGCGAGGAACUGGCAGUUCCGGAUUUCGAGAUCGUACACCGGCUGGAGCACACGGUGUUGCUGAACGAGGAACGUUACCAUGGAUUUGAGGACGGCUCUCUUUUUAAUUCACAAAAUUAA